GACGAAAUAGUGGAGCUAGUAUGGCUAAACCAAAUCUUAUUGAUAAAUCCCUUCAAAAAAUUAUACCAAAUAUGUUUGAUGGUAUCCUACCUGUAGAUUUGAUGGAGAACCUUAAAGCAAACAUCGAAAUUUCAUCUAAUAUAGUUGCGCCUAUUCAGAAACAAAGCUUCAAGUCUCCAAAUCAACCAGAUUUCACAAAUUACCGAAUCAGAGUGCACCUCGAUUUGGAUCAAAAAUUUUGA